AUGUCAAAAGAUUUGAUUCUGUUUUGUUUUUUUCAGUCCUGUCCAGUGUGUUUAGAAGAUUUUAAAUCCAAUGAGAAAUUAGCCAUCUGUCCGUGUAAACAUGGUUUUCAUCAGAAAUGUUUAUGCCAGUGGUUACAUCGAAAAAAUACCUGUCCAUUAUGUAAAGCGAAAGUACAGCCAUUACUAGGGGAGAGAACUGGUUUGAUGCCGAUAGCUGUAACAACUUUAUGA